UUGAGCUGAGGGCGGGGCGGCGUGGGUUUUUUGGUCAUCUCUGGGUCUUAACGCCUAGCCUGUCCCACCGUCAAUCCCCACCUAGCCCGGACUCCGCUAUUACUGCCUAUCUGCCGGCCCGUUCCUAUCAGCCACUGCGCCCCAACGGGGCUGCCCCGCAGAGGUUUUAAUGUAUCCAUAUGAUGCAAAGAGAAGAGUUAUCUUUGAAGUGUCUCAGUUUCUGUAAAAGAAUAUAAUUGAAGAUCAUGUUUGUUAUCCAGACACUAAAUUAAAAAGUUGGAGAUUUGUCAUAAUGAAUUCUACCCCUCCAAUCAGUUACACUAUUCCUGAAAUCAAACGCCUACACUGUAUCCAGAGUGAGUUGAGGCUACUGCAAAAUAGUCGUCAGUCAGAGCUGGAUGUUACUGAAGACCUGAGAAGGAAACUUCAUCAAGCCAAAAAAGAAAAACUGGACAUAACCACUAAACAUAACCAAGAUCUGUCCAACUAUGAAAGCCAGAUUGCCAGGUUGAGAUCUGAAGUUGAGAAAGGAGAGGCCAUUCGACAAAGUCUGGAGUAUGAACUUGUCAUUGCCAGAAAAGAUGCUGGUCUUGAAAGAUACUCCGCAGAGGAAAAGUUAUGUGAAGCUAGCAAUCGAUUUCAGCAGCUGCAAGCCAUGAAUGCAGAGCUUCAACAGAAAUUGGCUGAGACCGAGAAAGUGUUUCAUAUUUCUCAGCAGAAUUGGAAGGAACAGCAGCAAAGACUUACAAAUGACUUAGAGGAGAAAGAUAACAUCCUCAAGACCUGUAAUAGUGAAUAUGAGUUACUUCUGAAGGAGAAGACUAAACUGGAAAACGUUAUACAGGAGACUCUGGAGCAUCACAAGGAGCAGAGGAAUAUGAUGGAAUUGCAAAUCAGAGAGACAGCAUUAAAGGAGUUCAGGUUUCAGAUAGAGCAGUGUGAAGCAGAAAGAAGAGAGUUCCAGUUUAUGUUGCAGGAACGGAAUAAUGCACUGCAGAAUAUGCAUAAGAAAAUAAAAGAUCUGGAAUUGGAACAUAAUGACUGCACUGACAUUCUCCGGCGACAGGCCAGUGAACUUGAAUACAGUACUGAACGAGAGGAGAGACUUAAAAAAGAUCUUGAGGCAGCUACUGUGAGAGUGAAGAAAUUGGAAGAAAAUAUUGAGGCAGAAAGAGCAGCACAUCUGGAAUCCAAAUUUAAUUCUGAAAUUAUCCAGUUAAGGAUUCGAGACCUUGAAGGAGCUUUGCAGGUAGAAAAAGCCAGCCAAGCAGAAGCUCUUUCUGAUUUGGAAAUGAUCAGGAAAGAGUUCAAAGAGGUGGAAAAUGCAUAUGAGAGAGAGAAACGUAAUGCCCAAGAGAGCUUGGAAAAACUCAAUAUAUUCGAAAAAGAGUAUUUUUCUACAAACAAGCAACUAAAUGAAGAGAUUGAGGAAAAGAAGAAAGUAAUUACAGACCUCUCUGAGAGACUCCAGGAUAAUGAAAAAAGUUGCAAAGAAUUACAGGAGGAGCUUGCAAAGGCCAAGAAACGCCAGGCCUUUCUAACAGAGAUGUAUGAAAACAACAUGAGAGAACUGGAGUUACUCUUGGACAGCUUUACUAUGUCAAGCCAGCGGACAGCAGGCAGUCACAAGGACAAAGAUAAACCUCCAAGCCUCUCUGUUGUCCUUGAGACUUUAAGGAAUACCUUGACAGAUCACCAAAACAAGCUGGAAGAUACAUCUAAUGAGCUAAAGAAAAUGAAAGCUUCACAUGAGAAGAUGACAAAAGAGAUUGACUCAUCCAAACAAAAAAUAUGGUCUCAAAGUCAAGACCUUAAGGAAGCUCAGGAUAACCUGGCUGAUGCCAAUGAAGAGUUAAAUCAUCUACGCACUAAGUGUGCAGACAGAGAGGCUUUAAUAGGCACUUUAAAAAUGGAACUGCAGAAUGUACUUCACUGCUGGGAGAAAGAGAAAGUCCGUGCCACAGAAUCAGAAAAUGAAAUCCAGAAGCUUACCAGGGCUUACCAGAAGGAUACUGAGGAGAAGCUAACUUUCCUCCAUACUUUAUAUCAGCAUUUGGUAGCAGGCUGUGUGCUUAUAAAACAACCAGAAGGGAUCCUGGAUAAAUUCUCGUGGCCUGAGCUUUGUGCAAUCUUGCAGGAGAAUGUUGAUGCCCUGAUCUUAGACCUCAGCAGGGCUAAUGAGAAGAUAUCUCAUCUAGAAUAUAUUUGCAAGAACAAGUCUGAUACCAUGAGGGAACUUCAACAGACCCAGGAAGACACUUUUAACAAAGUGGCUGAGCAGAUGAAAGCACAGGAAAGCUGUUGGCAGAAACAGAAAAAGGAGUUGGAGCAGCAAUACUCAGGACUCCUUGGGGAAGUUCAAGCAAGGGCACAGAAAUAUCAAGAAAUUGCAGAAAAAGCCAAGGAAAAAUGUUCUGUCAUUGAAAAAGCACGAGAGCAGUUGGUCCAUGAAAAUUCACAAUUGAAAAGUAUAUUAAUACAGACACAAAAGGAACAUACGUCUCUGCUGGCUGCCUGUGCACUCAUGGGUGGUGCCUUAUAUCCUCUGUACAGCCGACUUUGUGCCUUGUCUACACAAAGAGACUUUCUCCAGGAUCAGGUCCACACCUAUGAAGUACUCAAACAGGAAAUUAGGACUCUGGUCUAUGCUUUGUCUGAUGUAGAGGAAAAGAGGCAGGAUGAAAUGAAGAUAAAGAAAAAGCAUUUCAAAGGCAUGAUACAUGUAUUCCGGAAAGGUGUUAUUGCAGUUCUGGCAGCACACAGACUUCAAAUUUUGGGACAGUCAAGUAACUCUCUUUUCUCCUGGGUAGAUGGUUUCAGAGAAGGCAUAGGAAUCCUAGUUUGCAUAGGAGAGGCCAAGGGGAAACAUAACCUAUCAAAACACCAAAAGGAACAAGUCCACUGUCUUCAAGCACUCAACUGGUUUACUAGUUCUGACCUUCUUGCUGCAAUAAUCAGUUCGGUGGCUGAAUUACAGGAAGUUGUUAGCAAAACAGCAGGUAUAAAUGCUCCCCUCAUUGGUGGUAACUUUUUUUGUCUGCUUCUUGGAAAAUAUCCACCAGCAUAGCUCUGCAAGUAUCUUAAUGUUGUCUUCUAAUGAUGAACUCUCCAUAUGAAUGUCUCCAGUGCAUUUGUGACUUCAUCAGUGACUAUCUCAGCCAUUCCAAGCAGCUUCAGAGUGAGGAAAUAGUCUUUAGAGGCUGAAUCAAAUGCCUUCCAGUAAGGUAAUUUGGCCUUUUCAGCCAACAUUCAAGCAGUGUCACAUUCUGAACAGGGGUGCUGGAAGAGUUUAUAUAGUGGGAGUGCUGAGAGCCAUUGAACCAAACUGUAAACCUUGUAUAUAAUGGAAACCACCUCAAGCCAGGAGGUGCUCCCGUACCCCUAGCAUCUCUAGUUCCAGCACCUAUGUUCCUGAAAGGGCAUGGAUUCCUAAUAGCUUUUAAUGGUCCGAGUCACAAGAAUACAUCUCUGAGGGAUAUACAAGCCAUUCUGUUCCCCAGCAGCAGGCACAAAAACAGAAUCUUGCAGAAGUCUUGGGUAGCAUCACACAGAGAACACUAGAACCUGUGUUUUGUGCAAAAAUCUGGAGUUUAAUAGAGCCUCUUUCUCUGUAGCAUUGAUGGCAUGCAAAAUAAUUUUAGUGUCAGUCUUCUCAUGGAAACGACUAAAACUCCACUGAACAGUGUGAGGCAGCAGCUUUAUUAAGCCAUGUGACAGUGAAAUUCUUUAGCAUUGUUCAUAUGCUGGAGUAUUUUUCCUGCAAGGUAUAUGGUUAACUCAUCCUUCAUGUGAGUAUGAGACAUUGUGACAUUGAAGAUGUUUGUGGAAUCGAUGAUUUUGUAUUGGACAAGUGCAAUACCAUGGAGUCUCUUCUUCUGGUAAUAUUUUAAUUGAUUUCUGUACAUACAUGUCAAACACAAGGUGGACUUCAUCAUAGGUCCAGUAUUUAUUUUCUCUGUAGCCUCAUAAUGAAGCGUACAGCCAAGUGCUAGUUUUUGGUUUGUUGAGAGCUUGUACCUCAGACAUACAAUCUGUGAUUGCUAUGUUGAAAGCCUCUGCUGGUAUAAAAACCAGACCACGUAAGAUGUGCAUAAGUUAGCAUAAUUGUUCCAUCGCAUUUGGACAUCAGUCAUGGUACUACGAAGCAGGUGUACUUAUUCAAAGUCUCACUUAGAUUAAUAUCACGCUGAGAGCUGGACACAACUAAGAGACAUUCAAACAAUGACCUGUCUGUUCAGAGCACACCCUGAAUGAACACCUAAUUCUUCCUGAAUGCUCUAACCAAUGCUGAUUGAAAGGCUACAUUUCCAAAUGAGCUUUGCUCCUAAGCCAUUCUCCAGCCACUACACUGUUCCACCAGUGCAAAGUGGUCCUAAACCAGUCACAUCCAACCUUGGAGGGUCUCUCUUGAAUGGUGGAAUCUCAGGAAGAAUAGAGAUACCUUGGUGGCUCCUACCUACCUUCCUGCUAUCAGGGAAAAGAGGUCAUGAUCAGAGUGUCCGUACAUCCUGCAGAGCACUGACUGUUAUAAUAGCAGCCUUCAGGCUGCUUCAGAUUUGUGUCAGGCACUGGACUGCUGCAGAACACAGCCAAGAUUAGAGGAAUACAAAGGCCACUUCCACUUCUGAGUUGUGCCCAGUGCUUUCCAACCUCAGCUGAGGACCUUGUGUCCCAUGGCGCUGUGCUCAGCUGUGCUUUGCAAACAAUGAGUUGAAAGUUCUUAAUCACCAGAGGCUUUAGUAUUUGAUGUGUUCAGCAUGGGAAUGUAGGAAUUGCCACAGCAUGUCUGGCCCAGGGGUCUGUGUAAUCCCAUGUUAUGUCUUUGACAGUGGACAGAACCAGUUGCUUCUAGAAGAAGGUAUAGAAAUCCCUGUAAUGAACAAUUUUGGAAUAGCCUGUCAUCAAGGGAAGUUUCCUUCUUACCCUGGAAAGUUAAUAUUUUGCUAAUGACCUAAAGCAUGAUGGUUUCUGUAUCCCUUAUAUUUUUAACAUUUUUCGUGUACUCUGUAUGUUUUCAUUAAUCAGAUAAAUGUUUCAUCUUUUUUUAAUCCUGGGGAACUCUUGACUUCACUGAUAUUUUGUGGCAUGGAGUUACACAAAUUAAUUGUUAUGCAUAUGCAAGGAAGCAUUAGACUCUUUGCAGUGUUCUUAUGCUCCUUCAUUGCUCUUUUCUCCCUGGUAGUCCUAUAGUCACAAAUGUUCUCUGACAGAAAUUAAAUAUAUCAGAAGUGAGGAAGCAGGACUGCAAGGAAGUAAAGAAAAUUGAGGAGUAGAGAUGUGAUAUACCCAAGAUCAAACAGCAAAUGGGCUCCAGAGAGCCAGGAACAGAACCAAGUCUCCUCACUUCCAGUUCUAUGCCCUGUCCACCAGAUCAUCCUGAUAUCCAGUAAUUCAAAUUCACAUCCCAACACUGCCAAUUCAAGACUUUUGAAUUGCACUGUAUGUCAAAAUGCAUAGGAGCCGUUUACACAGGAGUGCAUGCAUUCCUCUAGCUGGACAAUUGGCUGAUCAAUGACUGCACUUUAAAAAGGAUUUCAAAGAUAAAUCAUAUCAGCAUUGAGGUGCUGAAAUUGCUAACUUUCUUAUUCUACUCAAAUCCCUGGAAUAUAUAGGAGUCUUGCUAGCAAUUGUUUAGAUAAAAUCCUUUUUGUUUAAGAGUCAGACACUGUAGAAUUCAUGGGCAGUAUAAAAGAGGCAUGAGAAGGCCUCCGCGAAGGACCAUGUGGAAAUAUUUGGUCUCAUGGUCACAACAGCUUUUCUGAUUCCCAUCACAUGUGUCUACUUAAUUUGCCCUCAGAGUAUCCUGACAUCUAGCUGCUCAUGUGUGACUC